ACAGUUGGAUUCCGUUGAAAGAGAGUGGUUGAUCUGGUUGAAGGAACGCUUCAUCAGCAAUCUCCACAAGGGUUCGAUUGCUUUUCUGAAGAUUCUUUCAGGAAAUUCAUGCUGUAAGUGAUAUCAGGUCUUCUCAAGAAGAUCUGACGAUUUUCCUACCUUAAGAAAACAUGAGUGCUUCCAAAUUUAUAAAAUGCGUCACUGUUGGUGAUGGCGCCGUUGGCAAGACUUGUCUUCUGAUUUCUUACACCAGCAACACUUUUCCUACGGAUUACGUGCCUACUGUCUUUGAUAACUUUAGUGCUAAUGUGGUUGUCAAUGGAAACACUAUCAAUCUCGGCCUAUGGGACACAGCAGGGCAAGAAGAUUACAAUAGGCUAAGACCAUUGAGUUAUCGUGGGGCAGAUGUUUUCAUUCUGGCAUUCUCGUUGAUUAGCAAGGCUAGCUAUGAAAAUGUUUCUAAAAAGUGGAUUCCUGAAUUGAAACAUUAUGCUCCUGGAGUUCCUAUAGUUCUUGUUGGAACCAAAAUUGAUCUACGGGAUGAUAGUCAAUUCUUCAUAGAUCAUCCUGGCUCUGUCGCGAUUACAACUGCACAAGGAAAUGAACUAAAGGACCUGAUUGCUGCUCCAGAAUACAUAGAGUGCAGCUCCAAAUCUCAACAGAAUGUGAAGGGUGUGUUUGAUGCUGCAAUUAAGGUUGUCCUCCAGCCACCAAAGCAGAAGAAAAAGUCAAAAACUCCUAAAUGCUCCAUAUUAUGAACAACAACAACAACAAACACAAGAGUAGUAGAGGUUUGAAACCACCUACCAAUUUGUUCAUUUCUAUUGUUGCAUUUGUUCUAUGUAACAUUUGUUCUUCUUUCUCAUCAUAUAUAGUAGUGAAGAGGGUCGGCCCUCAUCUAUUAAGACCAUAAUAGUGUUUGUAUCACCUUGUCUGUCAUGUCAUGUCAUGUCCUAUCGCCCCGUGUUUUGCUGAUUUCUUUUAUAUGAGAAGAUCCAAAUUCUGGAAACUAGUUGCCGGUUUUAUACUCUUGUAUCUCAUUUACAAAUGAGAAGAUGAUUGAAUAUUCCUUCUU